UUCUUCACAUUUCAUCAAGUUAUUUAAGCUUCUCCUCACUCUUCUCCAAGUGUCUGCUGCCUGAGUAUUAGAAUAUUCAUUUUCUUCACUUUGAAAUUUUGCUAGAAUUUGUAGCACUCAAAUCAAAUCUCACUACUUCACCAACAAUAACAUGAAGAAGGUUGUUAUGAAAAUUGAAUUGCAUGAUGAGAAAGUGAAGCAAAAAGCCAUGAAACUUGUUUCUGGCCUCAAUGGGGUGGAAUCAAUUGCAAUGGAAAUGAAAGACAAGAAACUAACUGUGAUCGGAGAUAUUGAUCCAAUAAAAAUAGCGGCCAAACUCAGGAAGCUCUGUCACACGGAGAUAUUGACAGUUGGACCUGCCAAAGAACCCGAGAAGAAGAAAGAAGAGCCAAAGAAAGACGACGGUAAAAAAGAAGAGGCAAAGAAAGAUGACGGUAAAAAGAAAGAAGAAGCUGUAAAAGCUGCUGUAGUGGCAUACCCUGGUUUUCAACAGGGUUAUUAUGCUCCCCAGCAAAUGUACCCAGCCUAUUAUCAGCAGCAGCCUUCAGUGCCAACACACUAUUACCAUAAUCUCGCAAGAGUGGAAGAAGAUCCUAAUUCUUGCGUUAUUUGUUAAUUCAUCUCCAGUAUUUCAUAUCAAUUCAAUUUAUUCAUUUUUGUAAAAUGCUGAAGUUCAGAAGGUGAAAUUUCACGUAUGGGAAAAUAUUGUUUGUCGUUAAAAAUCA